AUGUGUCAAAAGGUCCGGGUUUUCUUCGUAGAAAACGACGCAUACGUGGACUUUGACCAUGCUAUGGCCCAUCUCAUCACACCCGUUGAUAUACCCGGUAUUGUCAAAGAUUUCCAAAGAAUCGUGGUCGACCUGAAGGAAAGCGACAAGAUCAAUCGUUCUCUGUCAUAUGCUCAUCGAGUCGCUGAUGUUAUUCAGAGGAGAUGUGGCGAUGCAGCGGUGCGGCACAUCCCUGGACAAGACAUAGAGGAGCACAAAAAGAAUCGAAACAGACAGCUACGUGACCUGGACAAUGAAAAUCGCCAACUGCGACAGCUCUAUGAAGACUCGCAAUGGACCCUCCAUCUGGUAAUGGAAGCACAUCGAAGGUUAAUGGAGGCUACUUUCGGAAAAGAUAACGAUUUAGCUUCCACAAGGAAGCAAAAUGAAGAGGAGGAAGAAAACACUAAGCAAGAGUUUUACGUCAAUGCAGCACGAAUGACGAAAGCUGUGCACGAUAUUUUUGAACACGAAAAAGAAAUGUCAGACAAGAUUCAGAAGAGGGUAGAAGAGCUGCGUGUAGAGAAUGAUAUUCUCAGAUGUAUUUUGGACAGUGAGUCUGGAGCCGAUAUCCAAAGCAUAUACGAUCGAUUAGAAAAUAAGACUCCCAAACAUUCUCCGAGAUCUUCCCAAGAUGACUUUGGCCGAUAUGCUCACGGUGACGGUGCUAGCCGCGAUAGAGAUGAGGAAGCAACACCACGGAAAAAAGCUAGCGUCAUUUUAAAUCCGAGUAUGAACUAA